AUGUCAUGGAUAUAUGUAUACCAUCGACUCCCUUUUGGACCAAACAAACCCAUCGAUAUUUCCUUUCGGAGUACAAAGAUGGUUAAAGUCGCAAUCGCCGGUGGCACAGGUGAUGUCGGCCGAACGAUUGUUGAGAUUAUCAAAGACAACCCACGUCAUGAAGCCGUGAUCCUCACUCGAAAGCCAAAUGGAGAUAUCUUCGGUGUUCCAUCUCUUGUUGUUGACUACACGAAUGUCAAUAGUCUGAGGGAGAUAUUGGAAGAGCACAAUAUCCAUACUGUCAUUUGUGCCAUCGGCUACGAGGGUGACGCCCCUGGCGUAUCCCAACUGAAUCUGAUCAAAGCUGCAGAGGCAUCGGUGGCAACGAUUCGAUUUGUACCCAGUGCCUUUGCUUGCGUAUAUACCCCAGAAAUGGCAGAGACAUUCCCCCCUCUUCGCGGUUAUAUUCGCGCCAUCGAAGAGCUCAGAAAGUCGCAUCUAGAGUGGACCAGCUUCUUGAAUGGAUAUUUCAUGGACUACUUCGCCCCCGGAAAAAUCAAAUCAUACCUCAGGCCUUUUCCGACGGUCAUUGAUAUUGAGCACCGGGUAGCCGCCAUUCCAGGCAAUGGCGACGUGCCUAUCACAUUUACUUAUUCAUUCGAUGUCGCGAGGUUCGUAGUGUCGUCUCUGGACUUGGAGGAAUGGCCAGAUGAGAGCCGCAUGGCUGGUGAUGUUUUGACCUGGAAUGAGUUGGUUUCCUUGGCGGAAGAAAUACUAGGAUCCGAGUUUGAAGUUCAUCACGACGACAUUGAAAAGCUCAAGCGGUCCGAAGUCACGGAACUGCCAGUUCACUCAAUUGUCUACAAGCAGAUGCCAAAGAGUGAAGCCCAAGCAAUGAGUGCGGCUUUCAGCUUAUGGGCACAGGAUGCAAAUAUCAUGCAUAUCCCCGGGGAACUAAAUACCAGGUUUCCAGAUAUUCAUCCCCUGACGAUUAGGGGUUUGGUGGAAAAGUACCGCCAGUGA